AAAUUGAACUUUAGAGAGUUCACCUUGCCACGGCUUGCCUAGAAGUGCUUUCCUAGAUGGUGACUGAGUGGAUAUAACCAAGUAAAUGCCAGUCCCUGGCAAGAGAGAAUCAAAAUGUCUACUGGAGCAGACAUCAAGGCUAUAGAGGGAGACAUUUCCAAUGAUGGUAAUUUAAACAUGGCUCAAGAGCAACCCUGCAAGAAAGGCUUUUGUUCAGUCCGACAUGGACUUGCCUUCGUCUUGCAGCUCUGUAAUUUUUUGAUUUAUACACAACAAAUGAACUUGAGCAUUGCCAUUCCAGCUAUGGUGAACACCACCACCACAUCCAGCCUGCCCAAUGCCUCCACAGAGAUACCUUCCGCAGACCCCCAUGACUACUGGAAUGAAACACUAAAGGAAUUUGAGGCACUAGCCCCUGCAUAUGACUGGAGCCCUGAGAUCCAGGGGAUCAUCCUCAGCUCCCUCAACUAUGGAUCAUUCUUGGCUCCAAUCCCCACUGGCUAUGUGGCUGGAAUAUUUGGAGCCAAGUAUGUGGUUGGUGUUGGCUUGUUAAUUUCCUCAGUCCUGACCCUCUUCAUUCCACUAGCGGCUGAUGCUGGAGUGGCUUUGCUCAUUGUCCUUCGGGUCAUCCAAGGCAUAGCCCAGGUUAUGGUAUUAACAGGUCAGUAUUCAAUUUGGGUCAAAUGGGCUCCCCCAGUGGAAAGGAGUCAACUCACUACCAUUGCUGGAUCAGGGUCAAUGCUGGGGACCUUCAUUGUCCUCCUUGUUGGUGGUCUAAUCUGCCAGGACAUAGGAUGGCCUUAUAUCUUCUAUAUCUUUGGUGGAAUUGGUUGUGCCUGUUGCCUUCUCUGGUUUCCUCUAGUUUAUGAUGAUCCUGGAAAUCAUCCAUUUAUCAGCACUGGUGAGAAGAGCUACAUCUUGUGUUCACUGUCUCAACAGGACCGUUUGCCAGGCUGGUCUCUUCCCAUUAAAGCUAUGAUCAAAUCCCUACCACUCUGGGCCAUUGUAGUCUCUUAUUUCUGUGAAUACUGGCUGUUUUCUACCAUAAUGGCCUAUACACCCACAUAUAUCAGCUCUGUACUUCAAGCCAGCCUCAGAGACAGUGGGAUGUUGUCAGCCCUGCCAUUUGUUGUUGGCUGUAUCUGCAUUAUCCUUGGAGGUCUACUGGCAGAUUUUCUUCUCUCCAGAAAAAUCCUCAGACUCGUCACUAUCAGGAAACUUUUCACUGCCAUAGGGGUUCUCUUCUCAUCUGGAGUUCUUGUGCCCCUGCCUUGGGUCAGAUCCAGCCUCAGUUCCACCAUGGUCCUCUUGGUACUGUCUUCUGCCUUCAGCAGCCUCUGUGAAUCAGGAGCCAUUGUUAACUUCUUGGACAUUGCUCCUAGGUAUGCUGGCUUUCUCAAGGGACUAUUGCAAGUCUUUGCACACAUAGCUGGAGCUAUCUCUCCUACCGCUACUGGAUUUUUCAUCAGCCAGGAUUCAGAGUUUGGUUGGAGAAAUGUCUUCUUGGUUGCAGCUGCUGUUAACAUAUCAGGCCUGAUCAUCUACCUCAUCUUUGGCCGAGCAGAAGUACAGGACUGGGCUAACGAACAGGCAUUCACUUACUUCUGA